CCGAAUCGCGGCAUUCGUCAUCGAGCGAGCUAUUGUAUCGAAACAAUUUUCGUGACAUUUCGAGUAGCCGGACCGCCGCACUCGAUACGAAGCGAAUCUAAAUUAGCUCACUGUAACAGCCCUGGCCUCUCUACAAAUGGCAUUUACGAAGUGUCAAAUUGUGAAAUCAAAACAAAAGAAAUCAAAACAAAAAAAGUUGUUGAAGCCGUGCUAUAUUUUUUUUAUAAAGGUGAAAUACUAUUGUUUUUCUCAAAAGUGAUGCAUCCAAUAAUUUUUUUAUAUUCGUCUUCGGAAUCUGAGGAAGAAAACGUGCAGCAAGUCAUAAGGAACCGAAUGCGAGACAAAAACAAUCCCUUGGCAUUGCCGGAGGCAGCCUUCAGGAAACGGUUCAGACUCUCUAAAAGUGAAUUUAACUACUUAUUGGCUGAACUCAAAUUUGAAGGGCAUUUGUCAACCGCAGUGGCACCAAUGAUUCAACUGGGAGCGACUUUGUCCCUUUUGGCCAGUGUUGGCUACCAGCACUUGGUGGGAAAUGACUUUUUGAUAGGAAUAUGUCAAAGCACUAUUUGCAAAAUAAUAAAAAAUGUAAUCAGCGAAAUGGAAACAAAGUUGUGCCCCCAAUUUAUUAAAUUCGUGCCCGACAUCUUUCGGAAUGCACGAAAUCGUUUGUUGAAAAAUACAAAAUUCCUGGAGUUAUUGGAUGUAUUGAUGGCACGCUCUGUGGGCUGCAAAAACCAACAGUAAAUGAGCACAUGUUCUUCAACAGGAAAGGAUUUAUUAUUAUUUGUAUGUAUAUUUAUUUAUUUUUUUUUAAGGCUUCUAAUUGUAUUCGGUUAAUUUGCAGUUCUAUUGCUUUGACUUCCAUACAAGCUUUGUGAGCGUCCUCUUUCAUUUCCAUCGACCUCUCCUUCAAAGCUAUAAGCUUGUUUGGUUUUGCGCCUAUACUCUGCUGGUAGCUUUCAAACGCGAUCAUGUUUUCUUUAAUGAGGGCCAGCUUUUCAUCGGCAGCAUCCUGUUUGCUCCUCUUCGUAGCGAUGCGACUAGUAGAGGGCUUCGGUGGAACGUCGUCUUCGCCACUGUAUAAAAGCUCUGCCAUAAGCUUUUCGAGAGACUCUUUUUCAGGGGUGGAGUUGCCAAAAGUUCUUACUUCUCCUAGGCCUUCUACCGCAACGUCCAUGCCGGUAGCCUGAAGCAGUUGCUCCUCUGCUGUUGUUAGGUACUUUUCUUCGUAAGGACCACCACCAGUUCGCUGCUUCCACGCUUUGUUGAAAGACAACUUCUUUUUGACGUUGUGCUUUUGAUCAGCAAAUACCUAAGUGUAUAUGUACACUCAGUCCUUUUUUUAC